CGAUAAGCUACCUUGGCUUCCUGGAGCUUCACUUUCGUCAUUGUUGAACCCCCCCAGAAAUCGAAGACUACGUUGUAUCCCCCCUUUUUUCUGCCAGAAAUUUCCUGACUUCUCCCUAUUCAUCCUUUCUGUCUAGAGUCAAUCGAUCUACCAUCUUGACUUCAUCAUGGCUUCUCCCCUCCCCGAAUCCAGGGAGUCAAUGACCCCCACCAACCCCGCUGAAGGUCUCAAUGGCCACAGCAACGGUCUCCCCUCUCGCCCAGCUCCCAAGAUGUUUGGGAGCAAUGACAGCCCUGCCUCAGGAUCUGGAACCCCCAUUGGUUUCCAGAGAUACCCUCAGAACAAGAUCCUGGACAAUGUAGCCGGUUCUGCUGUGCGGCAUCCAUCUCCGCAACCUACCCACUUGGGUAUUCCAGGUGGUGGUCAGCACCGUAUCCUGUCCGAAGAGGACCCUGGAUACAUUGCGGCCAAAUUCGAAGGAAAGCAGAAACAGAUGGAGCAAGUCAUGGACCAAUUGGAGGAGAAGGGUUUCUUCCCCGCCGACUUUGUUGCCUCUGAAACCCAGUGGUUCUACAACAUGCUCGGAAUUGAUGACACCUACUUCCAGACCGAGUCUGUUGAUGCCAUUGUCACCCAGAUUCUUUCCCUCUACGCCGCCAAGAUCGCUGCCUACGCUCGUGAUGACAAGAAGCUAGAGAUCAGACUGGACAAGGAGGCGGAAGACCAUGCUGUGUACAUUGACACCAGCAAGCCUGGUGUCUCCACCGUCGAUGGUCCUCGCUAUGAGCAGAGGAUCGACGAGAAGUACAUCAAUGGUUCCACCCACGAUAACAGCUACCGUGUCGAGACCUUCCGCUCUCCCACUCCGCUCCCCGGGGACAACGAGCAGCAGCUCCGCUGCUACUUCGUCUACAAGUGCCAGUUUGCCAACCCCAACCCUGGCCCGAAUGAGACCAACAUUGACAUCAUCGGUGAAAAGCGAUUCUUGCAGAAGGCUACAGCAAACACCAAGGCUCUCUACCAGGAAAUCAUCACCAGUGCCGUUGGCCGAUCCGGACCUGUCAUCGAGAUGUUCGAGAUCGAGGGCAGUCGUGAGAAGAGACUUGUCAUUGCCUAUCGCCAGGGCUCUGCCAUGGGCCUGUUCAGUGCCCUCUCCGACUUGUACCACUACUACCGCUUGACCAGCUCCCGUAAGUACCUGGAGAACUUUUCCAACGGUAUCACCGUGAUCUCUCUUUACCUCCGUCCUUCAGGCAAGCCCGAGCUCUCCGCCAAAUUCCCUCCCAUUGAGGCGGCCAUUCACCAGAUCAUCAAGGAGGUCUCCCUUCUUUACUGUAUCCCACAAAACAGAUUCCAGAGCCACUUUGCUGUUGGACGCCUCAGUCUGCAGGAAACCAUCUACGCUCACUGCGCGUGGGUGUUUGUGCAGCAGUUCCUGAACCGCUUGGGAUCUGAAUACACUUCCCUGACAGCCUUGUUGGACUCGAACAACAGUGUCCACGCAGAGUUGCUGUCCAAGAUCAAGAAAAGGUUGCGUACCGAAACUUUUACCUCCGACUACAUUUCGGAGAUCAUCAACAAGUACCCUCAGUUGAUCCACAAGCUCUACCUCGACUUUGCGAACACCCACUACGUGCAAACUCGUGGUCCUGCCGAGGAUGACUUCCUCCCCACCCUCAGUUACCUGCGUCUUCAGGUUGACGAGGUCCUGGACGGCAACAAGCUGAAGGAGUUGAUCUCGACCACCGCGGCUAAUGAGCACGAUGAGAUGGUCAUGACUGCCUUCCGUGUCUUCAACAACUCGAUCCUCAAGACCAACUUCUUCACUCCGACCAAGGUCGCCCUGAGCUUCCGUCUGAACCCUGACUUCCUGCCCAGACACGAAUACCCUCAGCCUUUGUACGGAAUGUUCUUGGUCAUCAGCUCCGAGUUCCGUGGAUUCCACUUGCGUUUCCGAGACAUUGCUCGUGGUGGUAUCCGAAUUGUGAAAAGUAGAAACAAGGAGGCGUACAGCAUUAACGCACGCUCGCUGUUCGAUGAAAAUUACAACUUGGCCAAUACACAGCAGCGCAAGAACAAGGAUAUCCCUGAAGGCGGUGCCAAGGGCGUGAUCCUGCUCGAUGUGAACCACCAAGACAAGGUGCAUGUGGCCUUCGAAAAGUACAUUGACAGUAUCUUGGAUCUGCUGCUGCCUCCGGUCAGCCCGGGUAUCAAGGACCCAAUUGUCGAUCUCCACGGAAAGGAUGAGAUUCUUUUCAUGGGACCGGACGAGAACACUGCCGAAUUGGUCAACUGGGCCACUGAGCAUGCCCGAAGCCGUGGUGCCCCGUGGUGGAAGUCCUUCUUCACGGGUAAGAGCCCCAAGCUGGGCGGUAUUCCCCACGACACCUACGGCAUGACCACUUUGUCUGUGCGCCAGUAUGUCCUCGGUAUCUACCGCAAGUUGAAGAUCGACCCAAGCACUGUGCAGAAGCUGCAGACUGGUGGACCGGAUGGUGACCUGGGAUCUAACGAAAUUCUUCUCUCUAACGAGAAGUACACGGCCAUCGUGGAUGGAGCGGGUGUGAUUGUCGAUCCUCAGGGACUGAACCAUGAGGAACUCGUGAGACUGGCCAAGAAGCGAGUGAUGAUCUCCGAAUUCGACGUGUCGAAAUUGUCGCCGGAGGGUUACCGCGUCCUGGUCGAUGAGAGCAAUGUCAAGCUUCCCAGCGGCGAGGUGGUCCACAACGGCAUGAUCUUUCGCAACACCUUCCACCUGCGUGGAAAGCAGCCGUACGACAUGUUUGUUCCAUGCGGUGGACGUCCCGAGUCCAUUGACCUGUCUACCGUCGGCAAGCUCAUCAAGGAUGGCAAAUCUACCAUUCCCUACAUGGUCGAGGGAGCCAACCUGUUCAUCACCCAAGACAGCAAACUGCGCCUGGAGAAGGCCGGCUGCAUCUUGUUCAAGGAUGCAUCUGCUAACAAGGGUGGUGUGACUUCAUCGUCGCUCGAGGUUUUGGCGUCUUUGUCGUUUGACGACGAAGCGUUCGUGGAGAAUAUGUGUAUUCGUGAGGAUGGUACAGUGCCGCAGUUCUACAGUGACUACGUUAAGCAGGUGCAGGAAGUGAUCAAGGAGAACGCUACUCUGGAGUUUGAGGCGAUCUGGCGCGAGAACCAGCAGACUGGUGUGCUCCGCAGCGUGCUGAGUGAUCGCCUGAGUCUUGCCAUCACCAACCUUGACGAGGAGCUCCAGAAGACAGAAUUGUGGGACAACGUUGUGCUCCGUCGCUCCGUUCUCGGCGAUGCGCUCCCGAAACUCUUGCUGGACAAGAUUGGGCUGGACACCAUUGUUGAGCGGGUUCCUGAGAACUAUCUGCGGGCAAUUUUCGGUAGCUACUUGGCCAGCCGAUUCGUGUACGAGCAUGGCAGCAACCCCAGCCAGUUCUCUUUCUUUGACUUUAUGACCAAGAGACUGUCUCAGGCCCAGGCCCAGGCAUAAAUGAUAGAGAUAUGAGUUCUGUUACAUUGCAUGUUA